ACGCUGCUAUCAGGGACCUCCCUUCUGCCACCUUUGCGUCCGAAGAAGUAGCCUGCAAAGUUCCCCCGUACACGGCAGUGGAAGCUGAGGAGCAGCAUACAUAGCAAUGGCAGACCCUAGACUGAGGAGGGUGAACAAGGAGAUCCAAGACAUCAAAAAUGACAAGUACUCCAAGAUCGAGAUUGCCCUGCUCAGUGACUCGCCCUUCCACCUGGUAGGCACAUUCCCCGGUCCGGAAGGUUCUCCUUACGAAAAGGGGCUCUUCGAUGUAGACAUUCAAGUUCCAGACUCGUAUCCGUUCCAGCCUCUCAAGAUGAAGUUCAUCACCAAAGUCUAUCACCCGAACAUCUCUUCUGCAAGCGGAGCUAUCUGUCUGGACAUCUUGAAGGAUGCAUGGAGCCCAAUUCUCACUCUGAAGUCUACGUUGCUAUCAUUGCGGAGUCUGCUCUGCUCCCCCGAGCCGAAUGACCCUCAGGACGCAGAAGUCGCAAAGCACUACCUCACAGACAAGAGCAGCUGGGAGCAGACAGCGCGUUACUGGACAGACAUCUAUGCCAAUGGUUCGGAAAGCGCUCGUCCUCCCGAGCUCACCGGUGGGGCUGCAGGAGGUGCAGACGACGAUGUGAAACGAGCCGGGUUGAAGAAGGAGCAUGUAGAGCAGUUUUGCGGAAUGGGCUUCGAGCGCGCAAGAGUAAUCGAGACCUUGAAGAAGCUGAACUACCGAGGAGCCAAUGUUCGGAAUGUGUCAGACGAUACGGUGGUGAAUGAGCUGAUAGGAGGGUGAAGCAGCCGGACGACCAAACAAGCGCUGCAACGUGCUAGUGGCUGCCUGGACUUCCUAUUCUGCGAGCGUCGCAAAGCUCAUCCCAAAGCAGCGAGCUUGGAGCCAGCGUCCCGCUAGCAGACCGAGGCAUAUGGCCUGCCCCUUCUGCACCGGUCAGAUUAAGUCAAGCCAACAGGUCUCUGAGAGCGCCCGAGCCCUCGUAUACUCUACCUAUCCAUUCUUCCCC